UCUAGUAGUCUUCGUGAAACGUACGUCAACAUUUCUCCAAAGUAUCGUCAUUCUCUUUUGACCUUCCGUUCGCCUAGCUUCUAGAUCCCAUCUUUUGGAAGUCCAUCCCAGUGCAUCUUUUCCAAGAUGUUCAAAAUUCUCAGUGAAGCUGCCAAAGGAAUUUCGCUAAAAAAUCUCGAAGCACUCGGGAAGCUCGCAAAGGCACGCCCCUCAUCAUCGUCAUCCACUGGCAAGGACCACGGCUUGACUGACUUCAGCAAAAAGAAGGCAUGCAAGGAACGAGUCUGUCGUGAACCACCACCCCGAGAAAAGGAACCAAAACCCCACUGUGAAAACCCCGACAGAGGCUCCAAAACCUGGCGAACCUGUCCGGAACCCCCAAAACAGAAGAAGUUCACCUGCGAGGACGUCCAACCCCCGCGGGCUGCCCGAAGAACGAAGCUCCAGGUUGCGACCAAAACACCGUGCGUUGAACCACCGCCCACCCUGCAAGCUCCCGACUGCUUCAAAGUGAAGACCCAGCUUUGUCCGCGGGCUUCGAUGCCCGGCUGCGGCAAAGCUAAGAUUCCUCCCCGGUGCGAUCCGAAGCGAGUGGUUCGAGAUUGUAUCCGAGCGAAGCCACCGUUUCCGUCUUUUUCCGAAUGCUACAAAUUCCCGUUUUUGCCUCCGCACCGGUCGGAGUGUACCUGCCUGACGGCGAAGAAAAUUUGCUUGUAGCCAUGGCCAUAUGUGGACGGAAUUUUCGUGACGGUAACUGAAGUAUUUAUUUAUGUAUAAGCUUAAUAGAGGGCCUGUGAAUUAAUAAAUUAAAUAAA